CAGUCGGUUACCGUGGAGACCAGCUAACACUCCCGGGAGGGCAUGCUGCUCUGUGCGGAUGCUUGGAGGAAGUGGAAGUGGGAAGCAAGCGAGGGUGACCAGGAGACCCCUUCUCCCAAAGAUGGAAAAAUGAAAGGAGAAAUGCAGGAAAAUAAGCUUUAAAGUAUUUGUAGAAUGGCUACACAAACAAGACACGCUUUUCACAGUGAAGACAAUACAUUUCAGGAAAACCAUCACAUGAGGAGAGAUGCUGACAGAGAUCCGAAGCAGCAGUUGUACCAGAAGGAUAUCAGCGGACAUGGCAAACAGUCAGAUCAUGGAUUGCUGGUCACACACGUAAACCAAACACAGGACUUGCUGAAACUACAAGGGCAAAAGACCCAGCCUUCAGCUUGCGAGGACUCUGAAGAUUGGCUUUCAACUCACAGUUUACAGUUUGAAAAGCUCACCUUGCCUGACCUCAUCAGUCAAGGCACAGCUGUUAUGAAGGAGGGAAACCAUGUCGGACAGAAAGUGCAUUUCUCCACCCAGCUCAUCCACCGUUUCGAAUCCAGGCUUUCUGAAGCUAUGGAACUCUAUCAACAGAGAAUCCAGUGGCUCACUGAAAACAGCAAGAAGGCAUUUGGCCUCAUCAAAGGGUCCCGAGUCGGCCUUCUCAUCGGUGUGUCAGCGGUGAGCAGUGGUCCCCAGAAAGAGGAGUUCCAGAAGGACCUCAUGAGCCUCGUGGAUGACCAGCUGAGCCAGAAGGAGAAGCUGUAUGUCCUCUCCUUCGGGGCCGCCACCAGAGCCCUCUGGUCAGACCCAGUGGAAGUCAGCGUCUCCGUCCUGCAGGAACUCAAGCACUGGGUGACGCAACUGCAGCCAGAAGGAGGCACUAAUCUGCUAGAAGCCUUGAAGAAAGUUUUCACUAUCAAAGACCUGAAUGCUCUGGUGAUCAUAAUGGGAAGCUGCCCGAACCAGUCCUCUGACAUCCUCUCUGACUACAUCCAGCAGUGCACCAUGGGAAGGAGCAUCACCAUCCACAUCAUCACAUACAAAUGCAACAAUCAGGUGCCCCCUGCUGUCCUAAAGAACCUUGCAGAAGCUGUCGAAGGCUACUACCAUUGCUAUAGCCCGGAGACAGAGGUCUACACCAACCGGGACAUGGAUGCGAUCCUGGCAGAAAUCCAGAAAGCCCGGAACCUGCUCCAACACAUCCAAGCCCUGCGCCAGAGCGACUCCUGUCAGGAGGUCACUGGCCUGAUAAAACAGGUUUCCACAGAGAUGGCAAAAGGGUCACUCACAAGUCUCUUGCCUAAACCCCCAAAGCAUGAGGGUCCCCUCGCAAUUGAAUUCCCAAACUUGGACAAGAGCUCUGCAGAGUGGCUGAAGAUCCAUGGGCUAAAAGCCAAGAAGUUAAGCCUUUAUCAGGUUCUGGCGCCCAAUGCCUUCUCUCCAGUGGAGGAAUUUGUGCCUAUUCUCCAGAAAACGGUGUCAUCGACCAUCCACGAGAAGGUAAUGGUACAAUUUGAAUGGCAUGACGGUUCAAUAAAGAAUAUUCACGUGGAUCCACCCUUCCUCUAUGAGUACCAGAAACAGCUCAACCGAGUGAUGCGCAUGUAUGAGAGGCGGAUCGAGUGGCUCUCCUUGGCCAGCAGAAGAAUAUGGGGCACUGUCUAUGAGAAAAGGGUGGUGAUACUGCUCGAUAUCUCUGAGACCAAUUCCAUGUACAUUAUUCAUAUCCAACACUCCCUGCGACUGCUGCUUGAGGAGCAAUUGUUGAACAAGGACUGCUUCAACAUCAUCGCGUUUGGAAGCACAAUUGAAAGUUGGAGACCUGAGAUGGUCCCUGUGAGCCAUGACAAUUUGCAAAGCGCCUGGCGGUGGGCCCUGAGCCUGCAGUGUCAGGGCAGUAGGAAUGUUCUCAGUGCCCUUCGGAAGGCCGUAGAAGUGGACUUCAAGGACAAAGAUAAACAUCAAUUGCAAGGCCUCUACCUCUUCACUGGAGGCAUCCCCGACCAGGAUAUGUCCAUGCUCAGUGCUUACAUGACGGAGGCCUGCGCCGGCUGUGACCUCCAGCUGAAUGUGUGCCUAUUCUACGUGGGUGAGCCAGAGCUGGACAGCAUGCCCCCUGCCUGCUACGCCAGCUGCACAGACACAGCCGAUGCCUACAGGGAGGCCACCCGGGCUGCUGGGGGACGCUUCCACUGGUUUGGAGAUACAGGCAUCUAUGAGAGCGAUGACAUCAACGCCAUUGUGUCUGAGAUGGAAAAGGCUUUCCAGUACUCUCAAAAGUGUGCCUUGCUUGUGGCCUCCCUGAAGAACCAGUCAGGAAAAGACCUGGCAAGCUCUGCUCUCCCUAAAGAACAGCCCAAGCUGCUCCACCGAAGAAGCCAGCCCCCAAAGCUCCAGCCUCCCAAGCCCACAGCCCUCUCCAUGGCCAGAAUGAACGUUAGAGAUGAUUCUGACAGAGAGAAGACUUCCUCCUCGAAAGCUCUGAAAUGGCGUCCGCUCAGUGGCAACGCUGUCUUCCCACCAGCUCCAGCCCACUCGGGGGAAGAAUGGACUACAGAACAAAAGAGGAAAAAGAAGCCAUCACGGGAAUCGGCGACAUCUCUUUUGAUGUUCUAUACCGACACAGGGAACACUGUGGGCUCCGUGUACAAGAAGUACCCUCAAGGAAAAGGUAUAAGAAGAAUUAGCCAUACUAUAGAGUUGCCCAGAAAAGAUAAAAUUUGCUCCAGCCAAGAGUGGGUAGCCAAUUAUGGGCUCAAGAAACUGAAGUUGGAGAUUUCCAGACACAUUGGUCCCAGGUGCACUCAUCCGAGGUCAGCCCAGGGAUCGGCAUCAGCCAAGCACUGCAGUGUCUUCCCCAGCGUCGAGAUCAAUGGCCUGGUACGACAUCUUCAGUGGACGCUCUGGGAAAUCGAAACGUACAUCACACAUAUGGAGAAGGUGAUGAAGCGCUACAUCCAGAGGCUACAGUGGCUGCUGUCUGGGAGCCGCCGACUGUUUGGCGCCAUUUUGGAGAGCAAGGUGUGCAUCCUGCUGGACACGUCAGGGUCCAUGGGCCCGCACCUGCAGCAGGUGAAGACAGAGCUGACACUGCUGAUCUGGGAACAGCUGAGGAAGCGCUGCAAGAGUUUUAACCUGAUCAGCUUUGCAGAUGGCAUACAGCCAUGGCAGGACACUCUGGUGGCGACCACAGAUAAAGCCAGUCAUGAGGCUAUGCAAUGGGUGACCCACCUAGAAGCUCGGGGAAGCACCUCAGUCUUGCAAGUCUUAGCGAAGGCUUUCCAUUGUCCACAAGUGGAAGGAUUGUACCUCCUGACGGAUGGGAAACCGGACACGAGCUGCAGCCUGAUUCUAAGGGAAGUCCAAAGUCUCAAAGAAAAGAGACAUGUGAAGCUGCACACCAUUUCCUUCAAUGGCUCAGACAGGACAGCGGUUGAAUUCCUGAGGAAGCUGGCCUCCCUCACUGGGGGGCGCUAUCACUGCCCUGUCGGGGAGGACACACUCUCCCGAAUGCAUGGCCUGCUGACCAAAGGCUUCGUUGAUGAAAGGGACCCUGUCUUGCCACUGUUUGAAGGAGAUGAUUUAAGGAGACUGGCUCGGGAGAUCACUAAGGCCAGAAGCUUCCUCUGCCAGGCCCAGGCCUUCAGAUCCCAACUCCAGAAGAAAAGCACCGUGGAAGCCAAGGUCACUGCUUGAUAGAGACACAUUCUCAGGUAAGGGGCUGGGAAGGACGGAGUGCCUACUAAGCCAGGCAGCCUCGUGGGGAGGGAUUCUUCCAUUGGACAUAGAAUCAUUCCCUGACCGUGUCUUGGCCAUUGGGUCAAGAUCACCUAGAAAGCUGUAACUCACAAGUCAUCCCCAGGAGACUCACUGGGAAGCACCCCAACAUCCUGGAAGUUGCUGAAGGAAAGGCUCUCUUCUUUGAGGAUUGAGCUACAUGUGAGUCUGCGUUAGCUCAUCUGCCCUGUCUCUCAACACCCACCCGACCCCACCCACCCACACACACAGCGCCCACUUCAGCCUCGAGACUGCUGCUCCCUGGGAUGUGCUACACUUUGAGCACCCUGCUGGGAAUGUCCGUCUUGCCACCUUCUGACUUAAGGAAACUGAAGCCCAGGGACUUCCGCUCAGCUUUCAAGGCACAGCUCCAUUGUGAAAAUGUCCCAGGGCCCCCAUCACCACCUGAGAGCUUCCGGACAGAUCUGGGAGCCUCCAACUUUCCGGCCAUAGCAUCCUGACCAAACUCGCUCUUCUCGCACUGAGCAAGAUCGCUUAUCUGAAUCCUCUCCUUGACCAUGCCCUCCCUCAUGAUGAGGCUGGUGUUCUAACCAUCUCUGAGUUCCCAGAACCAGCCACUCGGAAGACAGCGAAGGCACUCAGUCAACACUGCACAUCCAGCUGUGGACAGCAGUCUGGCGAGACUCCUUCUGCCUGGGUUCUCUCACCCUGGAGUUCCCACUACCCUGGUCUGUGGAGGCCGAGGCACAUUCCCCACUGGCCCAUCUCGGACAAAAGGAGAAACAAGUGAGCCCUCACCACCACCACCCACCCCUGCGGUCACCGCCACCAAACUAAGCUGAACACUGCUUGGGAGCCCAGAGCAAAUGUUCUAUUUAAGCAGGCUGAGUCAGACUGGGUCUCUGGGCCCAGGCCCACGUGUACACAUCAAGUGAAUAUACAAUAUAUUAUGUUUUCUGGGGUCAUUUUUGAAAACAAAAAUUAAGAUGCCUUUGUUUCAUGAACAAUGUUAAAAUUACCUUUUUAAAGAAAACUGUAUAAAGUGAUCAUGGGUGUGUAUAGACACUAUUCAUGAAAAGAUUGGUAUCCGUAAUUGAUGUAUGGAUUGUUAUAAGAGCUGUAAGAGCCCCCAAUAAAAUGAUUUAUAAAAAAUA